AUGGAUGGAAUGACAUUGACGGCAGUUACUGGGAGUGUGCUGCCCACCACCGUGCAAUUGGAGUCGAAGAAGAGAGGUUUCGUGAACGGCGAGAACAACAAUAGGAGUACACACCAGAGCCAACGAUCACAGUCUCCAGCUUCGUUUCCGAAGCUAUCUCUUAGCAAACCGUCGUGGCUUGUUACCACUGAGUCGAAUGUGCGGAAGGCAGCGAGGAAGAAAGCAGAUCCACCAUGUAUCAUCUGCAAAGGGAGUGGGAGAGUUGAUUGCCACGAUUGCUCUGGAUCAGGGAGGACCAACUGUGUUCACCUAGUGAUGCUGCCAAGAGGAGAAUGGCCAAGAUGGUGCAAGACAUGUGGCGGCAGCGGCCUUGGCUAUUGCUCUCGAUGCCUCGGGACGGGAGAGUACAGAUAUGUCAUGGGCUUCCACUUCAUGAACCGGGAUGACCAACACAAUGGCGCCCCUUGA